CGAACGACAAUGUUGUUCCUUUUGCUGCUUACCGGUUUCCUCUCAACGUACACAUGGGCAGGAAGUGUCCUAGGCUGUCCCGUCGGCUGUAUUUGCAACGAUGACACCUUCGUCGUCCAGUGCGACCACAACAAGCUGGAUAUCAUUCCCAUCACAUUGAAUCCCGCUAUACAGAGGCUGGUGCUCCGCAAUAACAAGAUCAGAUCGGUAGACGCCGCUUUCACAUUCUACAGAGAUUUGCAAUACGUCGAUCUCUCCUUCAAUCACCUGCACAGCAUCCCCUCGAAAAGUUUCCUCCACCAAGAAAAACUACAGGAGUUGCAUUUAAACAAGAAUAAACUUUCGUCGUUAAAUAGUACGACAUUCGAAGGUUUGAAGUCGUUGACCGUGCUGAAUUUGCGUGAGAACUUUUUGGAUGAAUUGCCAAAACGGAUUUUUUCUAUUCUUCCUAAACUGGAAGAGCUAAACCUGGGACAGAAUAGAAUAGCCAGGAUCGAUCCUCUAGCGUUCGAAGGAUUGCUUAGUCUGCGAGUAUUGUUUCUGGAUGACAAUCUGCUCAAAUCUGUGCCUACACCGGCCUUUUCCGUUUUGGGUAGCCUGGCCGAGCUCCACGUUGGACUUAAUUCUUUUGACGGAUUACCCGAUGAUGCGUUCCAGGGUUUGAACCGAUUAGCCGUGCUGGAUUUGAGUAGCGGCGGUAUUUCAAACAUCAGCCAAAACGCUUUCCGCGGCCUCGAGGGUCUUCGUAGCCUUAAUUUAGCAGACAAUCGACUCCAACGGGUACCCACCACUCAACUAGGAACCUUGGCUCGCCUCGAAGAAUUGAGUAUAGGUCAAAAUGAAUUUAUGCUGUUAGAAAAAGGUGUGUUUAGUGGCUUGACCAAUUUACGUCGACUGGAUGUGACGGGCGCGAGAAAUUUAGAACGUAUCGAACGAGGAGCUUUCGCAGAGAAUCUUAAUUUUAGAAGGUAGUUGCUAGUUAACAAAAAACUGAGAGAGUUAGAUGAGGGUGUUUUGGAAGGAUUGCCCAAUUUGAGGCAUUUGGUUUUGCGAGAGAACGCUUUGGAAAGUCUUCCGGAAGCAGUAGCGUCAUGGGGCGAACUACGGGGAUUGGAACUGACCGACAAUCCUAUUCGGUGCGACUGUAAACUGUUAUGGUUACUGAAAUUAACAAAUCAACGUAACUUGACCAACGUCCAGUGCUCAUCGCCGACGCAUUUACGCGAACGCUCGUUAAAAUCACUUUCCCCUGGAGAUUUGGGAUGCUCGCUGGGAGAGCCGAGUCAGCAAGUGAUAAUCGUAACAUUCUGCGUGAGUGCUAUCAUCCUUUUGGCCGUGCUGGGACUAUUUUUGUUUCGUUACCGCCUUAAAGUUCGCGACGCGUUGAAAGACUACAAGUUUAACAAGCGCGCCAUCAGUCGCAAGGAGCACGAGUACCAAAAGACCUUCUCCGAGGACGACUACACUUUACGUGGCGGCCAGCUGCCCAUCAAACAUAUUCCGGUGACGGAGUUGUAGCUAGAGCUGAGCGCGCCGCCGACGGGAGUGUUCUGUCUGGGAGGCGAGGGUAGGCGAGUGAGGGCCCCUCGCGGUCCUGCGGGCACCCUUCCCGCACCCGGAUUCACGUACCUUCGAGCCAGCGACACCUGCAGGGCGCACUCGCUUCGGGCGCUACCCUCGGGCGCCAGGAACGGCUGCGUCCCCUGCACCGCCGACGCCUUCCCACGCUAAGACGGCAGCGCGCCCAGCCCAUUGAAUCCAUUCCAAAAUGUGA